UCAUCUGCUUUAUCGCUCUCUCCCCCACCACCACCACCAUUUCUCUCAGUCCUCGAUCUUCUGUCUACCUAGGGUUUAAUUUGAUUUGCCCUUUUUGGAGAAAGCGCGAGUCGAGUCGGAGGAAAGAGUUGAGCGAAAGGAUUAGGAAUAUGAGGAAGCCUUGCUGUGAUAAGCAAGACAUGAACAAAGGAGCUUGGUCUAAACAAGAAGACCAGAAGCUCAUCGAUUACAUCAACAAACAUGGCGAGGGCUGCUGGCGUACUCUUCCUCAAGCUGCAGGCUUACUUCGCUGCGGUAAAAGUUGCAGGCUGAGAUGGAUAAAUUAUCUAAGGCCAGACCUUAAAAGAGGCAACUUUGCUGAAGAUGAAGAAGAUCUCAUAAUCAAGCUUCAUGCCCUGCUUGGCAACCGUUGGUCUCUAAUUGCUGGAAGAUUACCGGGAAGGACUGACAAUGAAGUGAAAAAUUAUUGGAACUCUCAUCUAAGAAGAAAGCUCAUCAACAUGGGAAUCGAUCCGAAUAAUCACAGACUGAGUCAUAAAUUCCCUUCUCUUCAAAACCAAACCACGUCCGGUAGUUCAGCAUCAUCAGGAUUGAAACAAAACAAGGCCGCCAAGAAGAACAACAACAACAAUAUUAUUGAUCAGCCAACAAAUAAGCCUAAAAAUGGUAGUGGUCAAAUUAAUCAUGAACAAGUUUCAGAUGCUGCCAGUGGCUUGGAAGAUGAGUCCUCUGGCUUGCCUGAUCUAAACCUUGAUCUCACAAUCAACAUUCCUUCAACCAUACCCACUAUCAGUGCUGCUUAUGAAGACAACCAAAAGCCAAUAAUUCAUCAUGAAUCCAAGUCACCAAUGAAUAUGCAACUAGUAUCUUCUCCAACCCUUCUUCUAUUUCAGUGAUUAAUAAACUUCGUCACCAAAGUACAGAAACUUCGCUUAUCUGAUGGAAGUCAGGUAGAUCCGGUAUAGUUCUUGCGUGUUUGCUAUCAAGUUCUCUAAUGAAAAACAUAGCAAGUGGGUAGAUUUUAUCUAUUACCCAACAUUACUGCAAUGUUUAGUACACAGAAAAAUAUUUUCUAGAAAGGAAACGAUAAAUGCACUGAGAAAAGAAAUAAUAUAAGUGCAGUUUUCAUUUCCUUUCUAGAAAAAUAUUUUUCUUUGUACCAAAAAUUGGAUACAUGAUGGGAUUUUUCCAGAAAUCGAAUCUACGUGUUAUGUUUUAUAAGAGAAUUUGAUAACAAAUAUUCUUGUCCUAUAAGAAGCCUCUUCUUUUGUUGGAAGAUUUGAUACGCUUUGCAGACAACAUUGGACUGUGCUACACAUGGACCGGUAAUAAGAGGCAGAAUUGCUGCUGUGGAAAGUUAUGGAGUGGUGGAUAUAUGAAAAGGGAUAGACCACAUAUGCUUGGAAAUUUUAGUUCUGAGUGAACCCUAAGAUUGUUUCCACUGAAUCGUAAUCAUACUUGUAUUUAUAAUUAUUUACUGUUAUUCAUGUAAAAGUGAUGACCAUAAUGAAUAACUCAAUUUUUUUUUCCUA